CAUUGUUGAUGGUUUUCACAGCCAACAAAGCAUGAUUUUAAUCAUAUUAUGUACAUAACAAGUUGGAAGGAAUUGCGUAACCAACUGGCUAGAUCAAAAUUAUUUAUUCAUGAGGGCAGAAAAGAUUCAGGUUUCUGGAAUUUUAAUUCGCGUUUUAUCGUACAAGGACAAUGGCUACUCCGGGUCAAGGCUGGUUGGGGUUUAAAAUAUACAUCAGAGCUCAACUUGAGCGAAAAUGUCUGUGGAACAAAUGGUCGACUGAACAAGUUUUUUUGGCCAGUUAUUAACUAUGCAAACUCUUCAUUUUCCAAUUACAGUUCGAAACUGCUUCUACCAAAUCUUCAGAGUGUAAUUGUAAAUAUGUUAUUGGAUUCGACAUUCACAGGGACAGUGCUAGACGCGUGAUUGAAGCGUUGCAGCAUACAUGUAAAUAUGUUUCGGUGUGUUUCUACAACAAAACAAACAGGAUGCAGACUGUACAUAAAUAUAUACAAAUGAAAUGUGUUAGCUUGCACGGUUUGAGAGGACAUUAAAAAACAUGAAUAAAUGCAACUUUUGUACAAAGUUUUAAUAUAUUGCAUGAUUUAGAUGGAAAAUUUCAGCCGAGGAAAGGCACAAGUAUGCAUCUACAAAUAUAUGCAUAAUGUGGAUUUAAUCUUUAGUUUGAUUAUCUUGAAGUCUAUAUUUAGGAAUUGCUUUGAACAUAGUCUAUAAACAUGCUUAUAAUUGUGAAAGCAUGAAAUCCAUAUAUGUACAUAUGUAUAUGUACAUAUGAGAAUGAACUGUACAGUUUAUCGGAUUGCUACUUCAUAAGAAUUAAAUCGACUAAUAAUUCAAAGCAAAGAAAUGUCCAGAGAAAUGCAGGGGAGACAAGGCAACGCUGUUUAAAUACUUUGAGCCUAAUAAGAUUAAUAAUAUUCAUUACGAGAUUUGGUGGUAACUCCGUAAUCAGAAACAACAAUUCCACUGUCCCUGCCUGAUUACUCUGUUCAGCAUUUAAAAGCAACAUUUUUUUUUACUUUGUCUCAAGUGUUGCCAAUGUAAAUACAAAUAGUCAAGUUAUCGUGGUUCCGUUCGACCAAGACGAUUCUUAAUAUCUACUUCUUUGUAUUGCUGCUUCGCCUUUUAGACAAAGUAGCUUGUGAAAAGUAAGAUGGUUAAGAACAAGGACGAUGAGACUAGCAAGUCAGCAUAUUCAUCUGCAACGUAUGACACGAGUUGUGGAACGACAUCCACAUCUACGUCUAUCAAUCUGAAAGUCAACACAACGCCGGUGAAACGGAGAGACAGCAAGUUCCGGUCCUCGUCCCCAGCGGCCUCCAUAGCCUCGCAUAACUUGACCAUCCUCACUGGAGGCGAAGAGUAUGGAAGUCAGGCUUGGUGCAUCGUCAUUUGCUGUUUUCUUGUAAACAUUGUGGUCAUGGGGUUCCUAAAAUGCUUGGGAAUUCUCAUCAUCGAAGUCCAGAAAUCGUACAAAGCAACUCCUGCCCAUGUGUCUGUUCUUGUUAGCAUCACAUCGUGCCUUAACUGCGUCGCGGGUCCGUUAGCAUGUUAUCUAGUUCUCAAGUUUACUGCACGUUCGAUUGCCUUCAUGGGGACUGUUCUAGUGUCCGUAGGGCUGAUGCUGAGUUGGUUCGCCACUUCAAUCACAUUUUUAUAUUUUUCAAUUGGUGUUUUAGUCGGACUUGGUUCCGGAUUUACUUACUCACCUGGACUGAUUCUGAUAGGAAAUUACUUUCAGAAGAAUCGGGGCAUGGCGAAUGGUGUUGUGGUUUCCGGAAGUCCUGUCGGAGGAAUGAUUAUGCCCUACAUGCUCAAUUUUUUGAUUCAAUACUUGGAUUGCAGAGGAGCUCUCUUAAUUUUGGGUGGAAUCAUGAUGAACGCAGUAAUUUGCACACUUUCCUACAAACCAUAUCGCGCCCCACCUCCAAAAAAGGUGAUUGCUCCUGCUUCUCCAGUGAUGCGAGGACAUGGGAGGUCUGCAAGUUUUAAUAAAAUGCCGGCAAACAGCAACCGCGACGACUCUUGCAUGAAAGUAAUCAGGGGGCCUGAAGAAGAUGAGAGUGACGAGUCGAGUGGACCAGAAUUUAUACCUGACGAAAUGGGUCUUAAAUCUCAAAAUAAACUGAAGAAACGGGUCUCAUCUCUCAGCACUGGAUCAGUGAUCGUGUACAAAAUAAAUGAAAAAUAUGGGCACCCACACUGCAAGGAAACUCGUUGUUUUCCGGAAAAAUUACACAAAGUCCUCAGUAGACCCCCAUUUUGGACAAAACCAGAAAAUGACUCAAGCAAAAUGCGAAAAUUGAGUGGGAUGGGCCAAAACGUUGAACCGAAAGCUAGUCAAACAGAAAUUCAUCCACACAAUGUGCAAGAAAAUCAAAUAAUAGCUCAUCCGUACACUACUGGCCUCGUUAAACGUAAUGCAAAAGUAGGAAGCGGUGGUGGUUCUGGGCACCUUGGAUCCAGUGGUAAAUUUACUUUCCCCCCAGCAACCCCUACGCGAAAUAGUAAAUGUCACACAAUUGUUCCACCUUCGUCAACGAAAUUAAAUCAGGAAUCAGAACAACUUCCGUCCGGGUUUCUUCGCCAAAGUCAAACUGGCUCUCAGACAAUUGGUGCAGACUUGGAAUUGAGAAAUAGGAAGCUCAACAAAGAUAGAAGGGAACCCCCAUCGCCACAAGCAGUUUCUACAAAAAGGUUGCCGCCUUACAUCAUGUCGUUGGACCACAGUUGUGUGAUCAUGUGGUCAAACGAUAAUCUUACCAAAGGACGAUUGCCAAUUGGAAAACUUAGCUCGACUUUAACGGUAUCUGUUAAAGAUGAGAUUCAAGAGGAAAGGAAAAAUGUGCAUGAUCAUGGAGAGCAUGUUUCUCAAGAAUUCAAAAUAAAAUUUCCUCAAAAAAGGCGAAACUGCUGUUCCAGAUGCUUGUCAUGGAUAAAAAAUUCGCCGCUCUCAUCUCCAACGUACUUGAUCCUUCUAUUUUCUAACUCAUCUACAGCAAUUGCCACAACAAACAUUCUUUUGCUUAUCCCUGCUCUUGGAGAACAUCGGGGCCUUUCCAAAGCGGAAUCUAGCACUGUGUAUUUGAUUGUCUCUUUAUCGGAUUUGUGCUCAAGGCUCAUUGGUGCUUUCAUUUAUGACCGAAAAUUUCUUCCCCCGACAGUAAUUUUCGCUUCUGGACUUGUGCUCGCUGGGGUCUCGUCAUUUUUUAUUGGGAUGGCCGACACCUUUCUGAAAUUCAGUUCAUUCGGUGGAAUGUUUGGAUUUUCAUGUGGUCUACAUAUUGGAAUUUUUGGGGCACUGUUGGCAGAAGUUGUAGGCAUCGCUUUGCUUCCUGUAGGGUAUGCUUUCUGCAUGAUGCUAAACGGAAUUCUUCAAUUUUCCUUCAUCAAUAUUUCUGGGAAAAUCCUCUCAACCGAUUCUGAGGCUUAUGAGAGUCUCUACUGCUUUUACGGGAUUUGUCUCGUUGUUGGAGGUUCAUUAUGGGUGAUUCCCUUCAUUGCUGACAAACUCAACAAACUGAACCACAAUUUGUGCAUUUUCUUUUCGAGACAACGCCAAGAAAAUGCAGACAACGAAAAUGCAGAAAACUGAUUUUUACUGGUAGUGUAUGCAUCUUUUUAAAAUACUUAUUCGAGGAAUAUUCCGUAUUCAAUGAUUUAUCGACUUUGUUGCUCAAUUUCAUGUAUUUGCUGUCUAAUAAAUUUUGCAUUUCGCUACUUUAAGGAUUGCGUAUUAUGCACAUAUGCAUGCAUAUAUUUAAUAGUGGGUUAUUAUUGCCUGUGAUAAAUUUGAUCUUUCUGCAACAUCGUCGUGAGCAGCUUGUAUACUGAAAUAUAUGUGAAAUUACUCGUAAUGAGCCAUAUUUGCAAUUUUACUAUUAAUUUUUAUUAAAACCUGAACCUUUACCGCACAACCACAUCCUUAGCGCAAUAUGUUUUAAUCUCCAUUGGCUUUAAUUUUAUUAUAUUUAUAUUUCGUGACUAAGCUAGCUCAGCAGAGUUCUGCUCAGGAAGCAUCUGAUACAAUUACUACCAAUUUAAACUAAAUUACAUGACAAUGCAUUGAUCUGCAUGCUUAUUAUUACUCCUCCUCCUUAGAUUACCCCCCAAUUGGAUUACUCCAACUGCAUUAUUUGGUCCUGCAAUUUUUAUAUUGAUCUCAAUCGUGAAAUACAUUUAAACAUUUAAUUGCUUGCUCUUUCUCUGUGCCGACCCCCGCCACUGUUAGCUGCGACUAUUUAGUUUCGAAGGUUGAAAUAAAAAUGCAAUCAACUAAUUGUAUAUUUUUAAACUAAUGUGGGUUGCAUCAUCUUGGCAAUACAUAUUAAUGGACUGACUGAGUUCAGGAUAUCAACUGAUUUUGACAUUUUUAUUGGUUUCGCUUAAUGUUUCGUCUACAGUGGUUAUAAUUAUUCAGCUGCGAAUGUUGAAAUGUCAGCUAUGCACCCCGCAAAUUAGGAUAACACACAGAAAAUGUAAAUAAAAGAGACUAUUAAACGAUGAUGCCAACCACCCAGGUUCUUAAUUAGAAUUUCUCGUCUAAUUGUAAGUAUGCCUCAUCUGUGUGAAAUUAGGUUGAUUCGGAAUCUUAAUUUGGACAAAGGCCAGCUCCUCAAUAUGAUGAAUUGCUUAAAUUUUUCAUCCAAUCUAGCCAACCAUCACAUUUCAUAUGACAUGAAUGUAUGGAAUGAAUGCACAUGCAGUGGUGUCAUCAGGUUUAAAAGUGAACGUCACUGUAAAUUAUUAUAUUGUGUCAUCUUUCGUUUCGUCUUUAUUUUACACAUACUGUCAUGGAUGUCAUGUAUGUAUCAACUAAACUAUGCUGACUGAGGUGGCCUUAUUGGCCGAGUCCCAUUUCGUGUAUGUGCUGGGUGUAGAACAGGUCUUGUGUAAAUUGAGGGCUACGAAAAUAAUUACUUCCAUUCACUUUCCAAAAUCAUGUAAAAUCAUCUCAUCAACUUGGUAAUCUUUGUUUCGUAAUCAAAGCUACACUUUUAUUUUACGCUAAUAUACAGAAAUAAGUAUAAAACAACAAAUUUGGGAUGAGGUUUGAUCCAAUUAAAUACGCUUAAAAUUACUAACAAUUUAAAUGUCAUUUUAAUUUCUUAAAGAUGACAGGACUAGGACAUCAUCGCUCUUAUGCUGUUACAGAUGAGU